AUGUUGCUGGUUGUUAUUUGGAGAAUUAUAGCACAUAUUUUUUGUCAACGAAGAGAACGGGAUGAAAUUGAUGCUGUAUUUGACCAGGAUGAAGGAAAGCAUGAAUUAUUGAAAGGUGAUUUAGAUGGUAUUGCUAUCAAACAAGAAGAAGUACAAAUAGGUUGGAUGACAGAAGCAAAAGAUUGGGCUGGUGAAUUAAUAUCAGGCCAAAGUAUGACAGGCCGAAUUUUGGUCGUAUUGGUAUUUGUUCUAUCUAUCGGUUCUCUUAUUAUCUACUUUUAUGAUGCCUCACAGUAA